CGACAGUGCAACCCGGAAGUGUUCCGGUAACAACAACUGUGGUAGGAAUGUAGCUAACGUUAGCAUGUCGUAAAUAUAUUUUUUGGAAAUGUAUUUGUCUGCAGUGCUAGGACAACGUCCACCUAAACGUCUGUAAACCGAGUCGUCUUGCCGUAAAUGUAAACGUUACAGUAACAUAAGGUUCGUCCUUGUUGGGCCCUGAGCGUUGGCUGAAGUCAUGAAGUUAGCUAACUAGCUUAAAGCUAUAAUUAUACAGUCUGCGUGAAACACACCAGUAACGUUACAAGGCGUCACUGGCCAAAAUAUGGCUGACGACCCUCAGAGGAAUUUCCGCUCUGCGUAUUAUGAGAAAGUGGGCUUCAGAGGAGUGGAGGAGAAGAAAUCUCUGGAAAUACUGCUCAAGGAUAAUCCUCUGGAUCUAGAAAAGCUGAGCACCUUCAGUCAGAGGUUCCCCCUCCCCUCUAUGUACAGGGUCCAUGUGUGGAAGGUAUUGUUGGGAGUCCUUCCUCCCCACAGUGACUCUCAUGCUCUGGUGGCUGGCUACAGGAAGGAGCAGUACCAGGACAUCCUGGAGGCUCUGGAGGUGAUGAGAUACAUCAACUCUUCCACACCCUCCACCCACGUCUACCUGCGCAUGUUCCAGCUGGAGAACCAGGUGCUCCCGCGGUGCUCCGAGACCUCCGCCCCGGAUGAAGAGAACGAGGACUUCCUCUCCAUCAGUCGAGCCAUGGAGGAGAUCGUAGACGAUCCUAUUGAUUGCUAUUGGCUGAUCAAGUCUUUCAUCAAUCAGUUCCACACAAAGUUUGGAGACUCCGUGCCCCACCUCCCGAAGAGCCUGGAGCACUACCUGAGUCAGGAGGAGCCUCGCCUGCUGAACCAUCUGAAGAGCUGCGGCGCCCUGGCUCAGCUGCCCUACAGCCUCUGGUUCAGGCGCUGCUUCGCCGGCUGCCUGCCCGAAUCCAGCCUCCAGAGGGUGUGGGACAAGGUGAUCAGCGGCUCCUGUAAGAUCCUGGUGUUCGUGGCCCUGGAGAUCCUGCUCAGCAACAAGAUCGCGUUGAUGGGAAUCACCCGGCCCGGAGGCGUGGUCCGGUUUCUGUGCAACAUACCGCAGGAAAACACCGACGCCAUUGUGACUAAAGCCAUCGACUCGUGGCACAAAUACUGCGGCACUCCAAUGCACGCCGUAUAGCCACAUGGAGCACACACAUCUGGGCCCAGAGGUGCUUUUUCCCAGGAUACACCAGGACUUACUCCACUGAGAGACUAACAGACAAUAAGCCUGAGGACGUCCUGAGAAUUCCCAGCUUUCCCCAAAGAGUAUGAAGAACUAUACGUGGAAAGGAAACUGGAAACAGCUGCUAUUCAGAGCGGAUGCACAAAAUCUGUUUGGAAGAAGAAGGCAAGGAAGCAUAAACUUUUUUUUUUUUUUUUUUAAUAAGUUUCUUUCUUUAAGAAACUGCAUACAUCAUAGAAGACUCACAAUAAAUUAAUACCCACAUGCAGUUUUUUUUCUGCUUUACAAAUAAAAACAUUUCAAAAGUCUCGCUUACUUUCUUCGCUAUGUACAAGUCUUUCAUAAUUCUGAGAACAUUUGUCUCUCAAAACAUUUUUUUUUUUUUUACAACA